UUUGAGCAAUUGGUUGUAAGAUUUUGCUUGCUGCCGCUUGCAGAAGACAAUUUCCGAAGCAUCUGCUUUUCUGCUAAUGCAAAGUAGCAACUCACAACACAGAGGAAUGUGUGUCCCAACCGGAAGUAGAAUGAAAUAUGUAGCGACCCACCUUCGACAGAUAGCUACUCCUACGUUUAGGGAUGAAGUCAUAGUCCACAGUUAAGGUGGAUGGUUUAAUCUUAAACUUUUAGAAGCAGUUUCCCGAUGUAAGAUUGACGUGGAGAGUAUUAUAUGGUAUUAACUCUUGUUUAAGCGACGUGGGAACCAUUGACGGCCGUAGGCUGCAGCACACGUGGAUCACGAUGCAGACAAUAAAGUGCGUCGUGGUGGGCGACGGGGCCGUCGGUAAGACGUGCCUCCUCAUCUCCUACACGACAAACAAGUUUCCGUCGGAGUACGUGCCAACGGUGUUCGACAACUACGCAGUGACGGUGAUGAUCGGUGGUGAGCCUUACACGCUUGGCCUCUUUGAUACUGCUGGUCAGGAGGACUACGAUAGGCUGAGACCACUGAGCUAUCCGCAGACGGAUGUUUUCCUCGUAUGUUUCUCGGUAGUCUCUCCGUCUUCGUUUGAAAAUGUGAAGGAGAAGUGGGUGCCGGAGAUCACGCACCACUGCCAGAAGACACCGUUCCUGCUGGUGGGGACCCAGAUCGACCUGCGAGACGACGUGCCCACCAUCGAGAAGCUGGCCAAGAACAAGCAGAAGCCGGUGAGCUUCGAGCAGGGCGAGAAGCUCGCCAAGGAGCUGAAGGCCGUCAAGUACGUCGAGUGCUCGGCGCUCACGCAGAAAGGACUGAAGAAUGUGUUCGAUGAAGCUAUCCUAGCGGCACUGGAACCUCCGGAGCCUACGAAGAGGAGAAAGUGCGUCAUACUGUAAUGGCACUCAAUGCGUGCACCGGGUAAUAGGAGAAGAGUAAUUUGAAGAAUUGGCCUUUAUUUUCAAGAAAAAGCCCAUAGUCUUUAAUAAUAAAACGUGUGUGUAGGAUAAGGGGAAACAUAUUGAAGGACCAGCUGCAGAAUGAAGAACUAAUGGAAAGGGGUAAAUUAAAGUAAUGGAUCACUGACUGAAAUAGAAGAGAUAGGACAGAGAAAAUGGAAAACGAGGAGGGAAGAAAAAGUACAGCACACAGGAAGUGUUUCGAAAUAUCGACACAGAGGACUAUCUAUUACACUGUGGAGAGAAUAUAUUUAAAUAGAUUGUGUGUAAAAUCUAUCCUGCGCAUUUCAAAGUGUCAGCUUCGUCAGGCAAAUACCACAUCUCACAUUAGCUAACUACCGACACUUGUCAGUAAUUCUGGGUGUCACCGGACUUCGGGCUCGUCGCGUAUACCACCCACUCUGUACUCCGUUUCCUUUCCAGAAAUCAAAUGAAACCUACGCGUCAGUCGGUCACCUGCCGAAUCGUGCGUCCGCCGCUGCAAAUACUGGAACUGUCAGUAGGUCUGCACUCUGUUUCUCGGCAGGCUGCGUGAUGCGUGUCACUCACUUCGAAAUUAUUUUCGUAGUAAUAGAUUUUUUUAAAAAAGCCGAUGUAAUAAAUGGAAAGGAUAAACUGAACAGUAAAUAACACAUUGGCACUAAUUUUUGACGGAUAACACAGUGACGCUACUGCCUCGUCACGUAACAUUUAAUUUUGUACCUUUAUUUGUAGGUUUUAGUCUUUGCUUUGCUGUAUUCCGUGCCAUUUUAAGGUCAGUCAUUUUGUGAUUAGUAGGGUUUUCGUGUGCAGUCCGGCCGUAUUUGAUUCUCGUGUACUCUCCCAUGUCUUCCCUCCCUUCCACCCCUUUUCGUCACUCUUUGCGAUCUUCAUUUUUGACUACCCUGUCGUGUGGCAAACUGUGGAGCUCAAACAAUGGUCUAACUGCAGAUAUGAGUUAAGUGCCUAGGUAGCAUUGUGAAUGUAACAAAGAACCGCCAUGUUAACUUUGCAUUGAAGUGUGUGUGUGUGUGUGUGUGUGUGUGUGUGUGUGUGUGUGUGUGUGUGUGCGCGCGCGGUUGCACACGUCUGCGCAUUUCUUAGGAUUCCCUGCUUGAGUGUGUAGGGCUUUCCGUUUCCUACACUAUUGCUUCUUUGCAGUAAUUUAUAGUUGUUAUGGAAAAGCUGUUUAUUGUGUUCUUUUUUCAUAUCACAAGUAACACAGUGUCCUCACUUGAACUGAAGCAGCUCAACGAGUCCUACCUGUAUUUCUUACACCUGUGGGGAAAGUCCCAAACUGUUCGUGUUUCUGAAAGCAUAGUGUUCAGUCCCAGCAUGUGUAUAAACGCUCUCUGCAGGAACUCCAAACUUCAAUUACUCUCUCCUUCACUCAUUUGCCCACCAUUCCUACACUUUGAUUCAAAACUCAAAUGGGCGAGGCGCCGUGUUUAUUCGGUGCUGUGUGCAGGAGAUAAAAUUGCGAGUCAGAUACUUGUCCACCUUCUGUCAUUUCUUUUUUUUUUUUUUUCCAAAUCGUCUAUACUUAUCUGUGUCAUUAGUAAGUAAAAUAUGUGCCGUGUACACAGUGCCCCAUCACUGCUAGAUUCUGAGCAGCAAAGUGUGCGCUGUGCAGGUUUAUUUCUGGUUUUCUUAUGUAAAGAAAAUUGGUGCUUUAUUAUAUUCUUCCCUUGUAGAUGCGAGAUAAUUCUAUUUAAGCCCACAUGGAGAGCUAUGAGAAUUGUCUAAAACUAAGGUAUAUUACUUUGUUGUGUGUGUGUGUGUGUGUGUGUGUGUGUGUGUGUGCGUGUUUGUUUUCAGAGAAAAAGAGGUAUAAAUGUAUGCACAUUCUUGUUUGUAGAGGUUGUCUGUGAACGUUCUCUUUUUUGCCGACUAAAGUCCAGCAAGCAAGCAUUUUUUUCUCGUUUUGUAGAAUAUUUGAAAGUUUUGCGGUCUUACUUUCCCUGCACUACUCCAGAACUCGGGGUUAAAGUUUUAACUCCUAUUAUUUAUGCACAGUGGUGCUCUCCCUGAGCUGUUACUGUCUUCCGCGAUUGUGAUGUCAGUUUAAAAAUAGGACUGUGGUUUACCCUCAAAACAUUACCUGUUUAUGUUGCAUGUGUGCGCUUUGUGUGGAGUUCUGAAUUAUAAUGCAGCUUUCCAUCGCACUCUGUUGGAGUACUGUAAAAGUUUGGAGGGCAGAAUAAAAGGCGAGAAUUGUGAGAGAACACAGUGUGGUCAGGAUCCUCGUGCAUUUGCUUUCUUCUGGGAACACUGUGGGCGGCUCAGGGUUGUCUGCUAACUUCUUCUAUAUCAGCACUAUUGUGCUACCUUUUCCUCCACAUCUCCUUCUGCAAAAUGUCCCGCCGACACGAAACGGCGUAUUCUGCCUGUAUUCUGGCACAUAGGUGCCCGAUAUUUGCUUUCCCGUCAGAGGGCGGUGCCCACGAGUGUCACAGAAAGUUUUCGCCGCGAGGGCCUCCACCCUUUCCUCACCGUUUAAGUACUGUCUGUUUUCCAAGUGAAGUACGUAUGUUAAUUUGCACCCUCAUGCUCUUCUGGACUUUAAGUACAAGUAUUGUAUACAUAUAUUUUGUAUUAGUUGAUAGGCAGUCAAGCAUUUAUAAAAUAUUAAUAACAACAUUAAUAAUAUUGGUAAUAAUGUUAUUAUCUUAAUCACAAUAAUAAUAAUAGGAAUAAAAUUUCUCGCAAAUUUGGAAAUGAAAAUGUGCUCUGCGACUAAUACUGCAUAUCGGACGCCGAUUUUCGUAAAUUUUCGAGAGCGUCGUGUCUCUGAUUGGAAAUAUUUCACUUGUGUAUACAUGUUUGAUAUCUGGAAAUCCCGAGAAUUAUUAGAAUAAAGAUUGUAAUUAAAUUUUC